AUGUCUUCUGGCUCGCCAUCGCCCGAAAAAAAGGAUAUUCCGAUAGAUGACAGUCCAGAGGAAACGGUAUGCGCAGCUGUGUGACGCUUCACCGCUGGUCAAUUCGUACAAGCAAAUAUUUUGAUUUCGACUUCAAUUCCACUUUGAAUUUCAAUCUGCACAUUCAAUCCCCCUACAAAUCUCUUUUUGCCAUUUGUCACUUUUCUGGCAAUCUGCCAAAUGCCUCCAUCCAUCCAUCCGCCUACAAUCUCAUAUUCAAAAGCGUGCGUUCCCUGAUGAGAAGUCCGUUCUUAAUCGGUUAGACGAUGAGGGAGAGAUGGGCUUUUCUUAAUUGAAAACGGCGCGGAGAUCGGUGUGAGAAAGAGAAGAGUCUGAUGGAGUGGAUGAGGAGGGAAACAACAAGUUGUUGUUUGGUUUUCAUUAGUUACUCUCUGAUUUGCCUCCCAUACCGCCACUCCUCCCUCACCGCAGUAAGUCACUUUUCCUUUCAAUAUCUCCGCGCUUCCUGAUUUAUUGACAUUGCCCGCCGCAGAAAAUCAGUGAUUUUUGUUUGAAUUUGAGAAUUCACGGUGUUUUCCCAGUCGCCUCCCUCUUUCCGCGCCCUUCCUCAGACUUUCUUUCCGCGACAAGAAUUUGUGCUGUGCCCGUUGUUUUUUCCUUCUUCCCGUCUGGAUCUCUUCUGUUUUGAAUCGCCUUGAGUGUAUGUAUGUAGUUCAACAGCGUCUCACUCACAUUUUGAAUCAAGAAUGAAUAGAGUGGGCGAAAGAGUACAGUAAUCGAGGGAGGCGCAGAGAGUCCUGUCGCGCCAACAGACGCGACAGUAAUCAUCCCAGAAAUAAGUAUUCACAUCCACAUCCGUCAACCUUUAGUUCUAAUUCCUGACUAUGGCUUUGCGUUUGGUCUUUUUCGCACUUGCUGCCCAACCAAACUACCGGAACCUACUAAUCUAUCAUGACGAGGCAGAAGUGAUAUUUGCUAGAAAAUUGAAUAUCGCACACUUUCCUUCGAGUUUUUGUGUGUUUUCGUCGUGUUUGUUGGCUGUUUGAACUAUACUCACAGCCUGGGCGCUACAUUUUAUGGGCACUUACUCUGGAUUGUGCCUUCCCUCAUUUCUAGUUUUUCACGAGACAUCAGACACAAUUAGAACAGAAAAAUUAGGAAUCAAAACAGAAAAAUAGUAAUAAAAACCGAACUCUGUCUUCUCUAAUCCGUACAAACACGCCCUAAGAGCCUGCUUCUCGGAGGGCUACCGAGAAUCCCAUAGUAUUCAAUUUCACAUGGUGUGUGUCCAUUAUUCACUAUUUUUGUCUCGGCGUCACUCUUUACAUACAUUUUUAUCUUGUGUACAAUGUAGGAGCGUGUUGUUCUGUUCUCACCGCCCUUUCAUCCCCACCACCGACUCCGCGUUUUGAUCCCUUCUCUUCUCUCGCUCUCCGUUUGCAAAUCCAAGGACGUGUAAGGCUCAUUUACUGCGACACAUGAAUAGAUGACACACCUUCUGUGAAUUACACCGUUUGGCAGUGAAGAGACCCCACUUCACCACUUUUUUCCUUCCGCAUCUUUUUGCUUCUUGUUGCUUUGCCAAGUGUUACAUUCGUGUCAUGACAGUAAUUCAAGGCCGAGGAGAAUAAAAAAAAUCAGGAGCCGGAACCUGAACCAGAGUCAGAAAAGGUAAACGUUGAAGCUUCAGAAGAAAACGUCGAAGAACUAGUCGGUGAGAAUUUACAGCUUUUUUCUCUAUAAAAUGUUAUUUUUGCAGAGCCUCCACAGUUUACGAGAGAAAGUUCACCAGAGGAACAACCAGAAGCGGUCGAGAAAAUCGUUAUUCAAGAUUCGGUAGAAUUGACUGAGGCAGAGCCGCAGCCCGAGCCAAUCGAAGAGCCGAAGCCCGAACCUAAAGAAGCGGAGCCAGGCUCAAUCGAAGAAUCAAUCGCAGAAACAGAAGUUGUUCUGAAACCAGAAGAACUUCCGAAAGAAGCAGAAGAACUUCCGAAAAAACCAGAAGAAGCAGAAGCUCCAGUUGAUUCAGAAUCUUCUGCAUCAGUGGAGCCAGAAGUUAAAAAAGAGGCUGUCCCGAGUCCGGUCCCAGACACUCAGACUAUGGAAGAGAUCACUUCUUCCGAACUGAAUUGCCUGAAACUUGAUCAAAACGAGUCUAGAUUGAUGCAGAACAACGAGAACGAGACAGUUUCGCCUGCGGACAAGCAAAUCAGUCCAAGUCCUCGGACUCCAGCCCGAUCCGGAAUCCGUCCCCCCACAGCUCUUUUGCGACAGCCAAAACCAGUUUCAACGACUCCAUCACGUGAUGCUCGGUGAGUUUCCUUGCUGUGAGCCUUCUCUCAUUUUCCAUUCAUCUCAUUUUUUAUGUCUGCUCUUUCAGUCCUUCCACUACACCGACCGCCCGUACUCCUGCGCCGCGACCGAACUCAUCACUUCGCACAGAAUCGUAAGUAUUCUUCUUUAUAAAAGGAAAUAUAUCUCAAAACUCCAUAAUUGCUUCCUCUUGGGUCCGUCCAACGCUCUUCCCCCUCAAUUUUGUCACAUUCUUCCAAUACCCUUUCUUUGCUUCACACUUUCUAUAGAAAGCAUUUUCAAUUGUUCAGAAAGAUGUCCCGAGAGCGCUCGGAUGUUCAAAAAUCGACAUCCACUCGGAGCAUUGAUAACGUCGGGAAGUUCACUCCGAAAGUGAAUGCCAAGUUUGUGAACGUUAAAAGUAAAGUUGGAAGUAUUACGAAUCACAAGGCAGGCGGUGGAAACGUGGAAAUUUUCUCGGAGAAAAAGGUAAGAGACUGUGAAUCUUUUUUUAAAGGAAAACAAUUAAAUUCAGAAGUAUCAAGCGCAGUCAAAAGUGGGAUCUUUAAAAAACGCCAGUCAUGUGGCAGGCGGCGGAAACGUUCAAAUAGAAUCCAGGAAACUAGACUUUUCACACGCUUCGCCGAAAGUCGGCUCGAAAACAAGUUACACACCAGCCAAGUCUGACGUCAAGAUUGUGUCCGAAAAGCUAACAUGGGACGCAAAGUCGAAAGUUGGCUCGUUGGAUAAUGCAGCGCACAAACCUACGGGCGGAAAUGUUCAGGUGUGUGUUUUGUGUUUUUACGUAUUUCACCGCUUCGCACAAUGAGCUUUUGUUUUGACGUGGCAGUUUUCAGAUUCUGAGCCAAAAAUUGAGCUGGAGAGCGGAGAGCAAAGUGGGCUCCAAGGGCAAUAUGAGUCACAAGCCGGGCGGUGGAAAUGUUAAAGUUUGUAUCAAGCUCUUAGCGCAGGCUCACUCACCUGCUUGUUUAGAUUUUUGACGAGAAGAUUCGGUACGUAUCCAGCAACUCCAGUCGCAAUCCCUCCACACUCGACAUCAGCUCUCUAUGA